AUGCCGAAGUUUUACUGUGACUACUGUGACACCUACCUGACACAUGAUUCGCCGUCGGUGAGGAAGACACACUGUAGUGGGAGAAAACACAAAGAAAAUGUGAAGGACUACUACCAGAAAUGGAUGGAGGAGCAAGCGCAGAGCUUAAUCGAUAAAACUACGGCUGCUUUUCAACAAGGCAAAAUCCCACCCACGCCAUUCGCAGGUGGCCCCCCUCCUGGUAAGUCUGCAUGCAGUGGUCCUCCACGUCCAGGCAUGCUGCCCACACCUCCCAUGCCAGGUCCACCCAUGAUGCCGAUGAUGGGACCCCCACCUCACGGAAUGAUGCCUGGCGGACCCGGAAUGCGGCCACCAAUGGGAGCACCCAUGCAGAUGAUGCCGGGACCGCCUCACAUGAUGCGCCAUCCGCGACCCAUGAUGAUGCCAGUCAGGCCGGGCAUGAUGAGACCUGACAGAUAA